GAGCCCCCGCUUUGUUCCGGGGGGAUGCGGCGCGCGUAGAGCCGGGGGGCGGAGGGGCCGCGGCGGGGGCAGGGGCUGCCCUCGGCCGGAAAACUCCGCGCCGCCCCUCUUCCUCCUCCUCCUCCUCUUCCUCCUCCUCCUCCUCCGCAGAGCCCCGGCGCGGAGCGAUGCUUCCUCGGGCGGCGGGCGGCGAUGGAGCGGGGCGGUAGCGCGGUGCCGCGGAGCAGAGCAGCCGCCCGCUGCCCCUGAGCGGCGGCCGCAGGAGGAGGAGGAGGAGGAAGGCCGGAGCGCGAGCACGGCGGCGGCCAUGGAGGAGUGGCGGCAGUGCGGCCGCUGGCUGAUCGACUGCAAAGUUUUGCCCCCCAACCACCGGGUGGUCUGGCCAUCGGCCGUGGUCUUCGACCUGGCGCAGGCGCUGCGGGACGGGGUCCUGCUCUGCCAGCUGCUGCACAACCUCUCCCCCGGCUCCAUCGACCUCAAGGACAUCAACUUCAGGCCCCAGAUGUCCCAGUUUCUCUGCUUGAAGAACAUCCGAACCUUCCUCAAAGUGUGUCAUGACAAAUUUGGGUUAAGAAACAGUGAUCUGUUUGAUCCCUUCGACCUCUUCGACGUACGGGAUUUUGGAAAGGUGAUCUCUGCAGUAUCCAGACUCUCCUUCCACAGUAUUGCUCAAACCAAAGGAAUUAGACCCUUCCCGUCGGAGGAGACCACGGAAAAUGAUGACGAUGUGUAUCGGAGCUUGGAGGAGCUGGCAGAUGAGCAUGACCUGGGGGAGGAUAUUUACGACUGCGUCCCCUGCGAGGAUGAAGGCGAUGAUAUCUAUGAAGAUAUCAUCAGAGUGGAAGUUCAGCAGCCCAUGAAAAUGGGAAUGACAGAAGAUGACAAAAGAAAUUGCUGUUUGCUAGAAAUCCAAGAAACUGAGGCCAAGUACUACAAAACACUUGAGGAUAUAGAAAAGAACUAUAUGAACCCACUGCGGCUGGUACUGACUCCCCAAGACAUGGAAGCUAUCUUUAUCAAUUUGGAGGACCUAAUUAAAGUGCACUUCAGUUUCCUGAGAGCCAUCGACGUCUCUAUGAUGUCUGGAGGAAGCAGCCUGGCAAAAGUGUUUCUGGAAUUCAAAGAGAGGCUGCUGAUUUACGGCAGGUACUGCAGCCACAUGGAGUACGCCCAGAACACGCUCAACCACCUCCUGGCCAACAGGGAGGACGUCAGGCAGAAGGUGGAGGAAUGCACACUAAAGGUCCAGGAUGGGAAAUUUAAAUUGCAAGACCUGCUGGUGGUUCCAAUGCAAAGAGUUUUGAAAUACCAUCUCCUGUUAAAAGAGCUGCUCAGUCAUUCAUCAGACCGGCCGGAGAAGCAGCAGCUGAAGGAGGCUCUGGAGGCAAUGCAGGACUUGGCCAUGUACAUAAAUGAAGUAAAGAGAGACAAAGAGACGCUAAAGAAAAUAAGUGAAUUUCAGAGCUCUAUAGAAAAUCUGCAAGUGAAGCUGGAGGAGUUUGGGAGGCCGAAGAUCGAUGGCGAGCUGAAGGUCCGCUCCAUAGUCAACCACACCAAGCAGGACAGGUAUUUAUUUUUAUUUGAUAAAGUGGUGAUCGUCUGCAAAAGGAAAGGAUACAACUAUGAGCUGAAAGAAAUUAUUGAGCUGCUCUUCCACAAGAUGACUGAUGACCCUAUGAAUAACAAGGACAUUAAGAAGUGGUCAUAUGGCUUCUACCUAAUCCACCUCCAGGGGAAGCAGGGCUUCCAGUUCUUCUGCAAGACGGAGGAAAUGAAGAGGAAGUGGAUGGAGCAGUUUGAAAUGGCAAUGUCCAACAUAAAGCCAGAGAAAGCCAAUGCAAACCACCAUAACUUCCAGAUGUACACAUUUGAGAAGACCACCAACUGCAAAGCCUGCAGGAUGUUCCUGAGAGGAACCUUCUACCAGGGCUAUCUUUGCCCCAGGUGUGGAGCGGGUGCUCAUAAGGAGUGCUUGGAGAUAAUUCCUCCCUGCAAAAUCGGUUCUUCAGCAGACCAGGACUCACUGAGUGCUGGACCUGGUCCUAAAAUAGUGGCGGUUCAGAACUACCACGGCACCCCUGCCCCCCCCGGGAAACCCGUGCUGACGUUUCAGAUUGGGGACGUGAUCGAGCUGCUGAGGGGGGACCCCGACUCGCCCUGGUGGGAGGGGCGGCUGCUGCAGACAAAGAAGUCGGGUUAUUUCCCCAGCUCAUCGGUAAAGCCGUGCCCCGUUGAUGCCCGGCCUCCCAACAGCCGGCCGCCCUCGCGUGAGAUCGACUACACGGCGUACCCAUGGUUUGCAGGGAACAUGGAGCGGCAGCAGACAGACAACCUGCUCAAGUCCCACGUCAGCGGCACCUACCUGAUCCGGGAGCGGCCGGCUGAGGCCGAGCGCUUUGCCAUCAGCAUUAAGUUCAACGAGGAGGUGAAGCACAUCAAGGUGGUGGAGAAGGACAACUGGAUUCACAUCACGGAAGCUAAGAAGUUUGAAAGCUUGCUGGAGCUGGUCGAGUACUACCAGAGCCAUUCACUGAAGGAGAGCUUCAAGCAGCUGGACACGACGCUGAAAUACCCCUAUAAGUCCCGGGAGCGCUCUACCUCCAGGACCUUCACCCGCUCUCCAGCCUCCUGCGCUUCCUACAACUUUUCUUUUCUCAGUCCUCAGGGCCUCAACUUUUCUUCUCAGAGCUCCUCCAGUCCCUUCUGGUCAGUGUUCACCCCACGGGUCAUAGGGACGGCAGUGGCACGGUACAACUUCGCCGCGCGGGACAUGCGGGAGCUGUCGCUGCGGGAGGGUGACGUGGUGAAGAUCUACAGCAGGAUCGGCGGGGACCAGGGAUGGUGGAAGGGGGAAACCAAUGGAAGAGUUGGCUGGUUUCCCUCCACGUAUGUGGAAGAGGAGGGCGUGCAGUGACUGCGGGAUGUCGGACGGAUGUCGCCAGUGCCUGGAGUGGGCUGCUGCAGCCCGUGCACACUUGUCCCAGUGCCGUGGCUCCCAUGGGACACGGCUGGACGCCUCCCGGGACUGCUCCCGCAGACUUUAGCUGUUCCUCUGUACAGUGCGCGCGGCCACCGGCCUCGCUCCUCCUACAUGUAUAGAAGAUUGAUGGUCUGUCGGAUAACAUUGGAGUAGCAGCUGCUGAAGAGUACCGGGAAAGCCGUGCUCCCCUGCAUGGACAGAGCUGAGAGACUCUGUGCAGUGCCCACCAGAGGAUGGGGUCCAAGCCCUUGCCAGUAAAGGUGUUUAAAUGCCACCAUGGUGAUGGUGGUGGGAGGGUGAGGUUGAAGCUUUGCGCCUGGGCUGGUGCCUGGGUGCGCCAAGGUGAGAAUUUGGGGGUUUCUCUGGGGAGGGAGCAACUCAGCCCUGAGGAGGCGAUGUGGACCCACACAUACUCUGCUUAGGGAGCUCCCCGGUCACGGUUUUGGCAGCACCGUGUUGCUGCCGGGCGAGGGGCAGAGUGGGGACACCCAGCCCGGGAGCAGGGAAGGGCUGUUGCUCGUCUCAGAAGGAUGCCACCCAUGCAACCAGGAACGCGUUCUGACCAUCAGAUGUAGGCUGGAAAUGGAUGUCCAGGUCAGACAGGAGGGGAAAGAGCCGCUUUGACACCCCCAGCCUGUUUUUGUUACAACUGCUCUCAGUCCCACCAGCCUUGCUGCGGGCAGUGGGGACAGCCAGGGGUGUGAACUGUCCCACUGGUGAGCAGGAGGUCUCGGCACACUGCAGGACUGAAGAUCUGCUCUGCCCCACAGGGUUUCGGGGACCAGCAGGUAUACAAACAGGAGUGGAUGGGAGUGUGUAUCCGUGGGUAUGUCCAUCACUUGCUCCCAGCUUGGUUCUGCUGUAGGCAGGCCCCUCCGAGCCAGGCUGGCUCUUGUUGGAGCUGUGACAUGUCCCACCUUGCUGAGCUCAGAGGGACCAACCCACUUGAUAAGGGCUAAGGGAUGAACUGAUUGCUCUCGCAGAGUUGUGGAAGCAUCUCUUCUUCUCCAGCUGUGUGCAGUUUUGGGGGCAGUGAACAUUGCCUCUCUUCCUCCCACAGGCUGUCACUGCUGCUGCUGUCAAGUAAAGGUCCCUCUAUCUUGGCAUUGCUGCUCUGUCCUGAGCACUGUCCAUCUGAGUCCGUUCUUUCCAAAGUGCAGCUCCAAAGUUGGUAGGCAGAGCUGCCAGGUGGAAAUCCCAGCCAUCCUCUUCUGUCGGGAACUGGUUUUGCUCUCCAGCUCCAGAACUUACUUCCAGAAUGCAAAUAUGAACAAAUAUGUGUGUAGGAGGGUGACAGGGAACAACUUUUUUCUAUCCAGUAUCUGAGCCCCAGGGAUGUUUUCCAGCCUCUCUGGGUGGCAUUUUGAGCUGGUGGUUCCAUGCCCUGAUGCUGUUCCCCUGUCACUAGUGGUGGUCCUGCCAUAGGGCAGCUCUUGGCACUACACUGGUUCACUGGGAGAUGCCAGUGUUGGGUGGGUGAGUGAUCCUGAUGGCCUCAGUCCCUGGCAUGGGGGGUACCACAGCUGCAUCCAAAGCCUUGCCGCAAAUGGAGCAGCAAGGGAUAAUAAAUGGAAGAGUCUGGGGCUCUCAAGACAAAGGGAAAGAUAGUAACUUGGAAAUUAAGUGUUGUUGCUCAGUGACAAGCCCAGAGCAGCCCCAGUUUGGUGCCCAUUCACCCUGGAGCCCCGUGGGUGCCCCAGUUCUGGGUGCUGCAGGGCCUGGCUGAGGCAGAUGCACACUAGGGUCUUGCUCUGUGAGGUGAUGGAGAUGAAGAUGGGACUCAGCGCUUCCCCAAGCUACUGUUUGGUGUUAACCUCUCCCAGCUCAGCUUGGGGUGCACUCAGGAGGAGCAGCCAGGUGGGAGCUGGCAAUGCCCUGCUCCUCCUGUGCAAAGCAAAGGGCCCUUCUCCACUCUUGUAGCUGUGCUGAAGCCAGGGGUGUAUUUAAGUUGGAUGGGAUGCACGCACACACACACACACACAAGACAAAUGAUGGCUCAUGUUAUGCCUCAGAUCCUAAAGCCUUACACAACCCUCCUGUUGAACGUGGCCGGUUCUGUAAGGGCAUCCCCCUGGAUGAGCACGUGCCCCAUCACGGGGACCUUGGAGCCCCGGAGGGGUCCCCAACCUCAGCUGCUGCCCGUGCUCCCUUCCCAGCCCCUUCCCUGUGGAGAGCUCCCUCCCGUGUUUACUGUUGUAAGAAACUUGUUAAAAAGAUUGUUUUGUUUGUAAGUAAUUAUUCAGCCAUUUGCCACAAUAUAUAUCUGUGAAUAAGAAAGGGAAAUCUUUUUUUAUGAUGGUGAGAAAAUUGUAUAUAUUUUAGUUCAUCGCAGGUCAUUCAAAUUUGCAAUGGGAUACGUUGGAAAAUAAUAUGUAAAUUCCUUGGGUCUUUCCUUUGCACUGCACUAAGUGGGGGAGGGUGGAGGGGAUUUAAAGAUAAAACCGUUUGUUUAUGGAAUAGUUUAUAGCAGGGAAUUUGGAAAUCAUUUGGAAUAGUUUGUAAUGCUGGAAUAGAAACUUUAGCUGCUACUUAGAAACCCUUUUGCAUGUGGUUUUUCCAGACUUUUUUUAGUUACCGUACAUCAAAUUCCACAACAAAAAAAUAAAGUGUAAUUUUGCUGA